UCUUGAAAAAUAACCAACUAAAAUCUGUAUUUUAUAUUUAAUAUACAGAAUUAUAAUCAAUAAUUAAAUAAAAAAAAUUAAAAUUUUAUCGUCAACAGCCCGAAAAAAAAUAAUCAAUAAUUAAUAUUUGAUUUAAUGAAAGUUUAAAUUUCAAAGAAAUUAACAGUAAGAGUAAUUUUGAAAGCAAUAUUUAUGGAUAAUAAAUAAAAAAUGUAUCAGUAAAUUUGUUGAUUACUUGCAAUUAAAAAAAUAUUACAAUCAGUUUCCAGUAAAAAGUAAAAAAAAAAUAAUGGGUUCAGAACAAAGUUCCCAAGGCGGAACUCAAGGAUCUGGACGAUUCAGCGGACGAUCUCGAGGACAAUUGAGACGGGGUAAAAGUGUACCAAGUCGUGAACAUUUACCAGAUGACACACCACCGCGUUCAUCAAGUCCAGGUCCUAGUAUUUGUUCCGACUCAGACCUGCCUUAUAUAUCUUAUACUGUCAAUCAACCAAUUGGAGACUCUCCAAAGAUAUCAAGUAAACCAUCACAAUUAAUAAGAGGAAAAAGUUUUGGUAGCUCAGAAGUCACAAGACGUAAAUCAAGUGUAGGAUUAAGAAAACCUACCAUUAGCUCAGGAAAACCAACAUCAACAUCAACGACAACAACAACAGCACACAAUAUUGUUGUUGUUAAGCCAGCAUUGUCUGAUCCUGACGCAGACAAAGAUCCAGAUUUAAUUAAAUUGCAAAGCAUACCGAUGUUUUUACCGAUAAUGCGCGGUACGCUUAAUUUGCCACCGGGAGUACGCGAUCCCGAAAUAUUGGAACGACUUGAUCCUGUUGGAUUGUAUAAUUUAUGUGCUAGAUAUCAACAUCAUUUAAAUGCAAACGCUCAAAUGAUUGCUAAUGAACAAAAUGCGCUCUGUGUUAACAUCGACGUUGAAAUAAAUAAAAUAAUGGCUCAGGCUGUUGAGCGACAAAAGAAAUUUGCUAAAUUUGCUGAGCAUAUGAAUAAAGUUCAUGAGCUCAGUAAACAAUUAACCAAGUGCCAUAUGCAAUUAAAUCAAACAUUAGAAAGUCUUGAAACGCUUAAUAAUUUGUUGCCUAUCAAAGAUCGAUUAGAACCUUUUGUUUGGACAACUGGAUAAUAUAACAUAAUAAUUAUUACACUUUAUUACUCACCUUUUUAUUCAUUUACAUUAAAUUUAUCGAGACUUGUGAUUAUUAUCUUCGUCAAUAUGUGUAAAUAAAAAAUAUGCGUUGCUAAUUAUAACUUUGAUGUUAAA